AUUCUAUAAAUAAUUUAUAAAAAAUGUUGUCAAAGGAUUCCGCCAAAUUUUCGAUUCAAUUAAAAUAAUCGAGGAGAACCGGCUUCACGGUCUAUGUCGUGUUCGAGUUCGUAACAGUUUUAAUGUCGUUUCUGAGCAUAUGGAAAAGUUGUUUUUACUAAGACUCCUUCUGUUCGUUGUUGAUGUGACUUCUCUACAGUAGGGCUAUGAAAUAUGCGGUAUGCCGCUUUUUGGGAUACACAAAUCAUCCAUUAAUGAAACAAAAAUAGAUAGAAGGAGACAAUGACAAUUAAAUCAAAAAAUGUAUGCAUCAUUUAAUCUCAAAUUAAGCUAUUAAUGGAAAAAACAUUCCUCGAAAACAAUCUACAUUAAACAAUACUUCGGGGGUGUUACAUGUACUGAAAGUGGGGGAAUAUGCUCGGAAAAAAAACAUGGAAAGUAUUUUAAGUGUUGUUCUUACCCUCAUUCGAAGUUCAGUUGUAGUUUGAGUUACAGUAAAGAAACUCUCGGCCAGAAUGAUAGCAGCAUGGUUUUUGUUUGUUGUUGUUUCUUCAUCUAGUGAUUUUGUUCUAGAUCCGGUAUUAGGUAAAGAAAUUUGGCAAGCUCCGGGUUGUCACAAAGUUGGUCAUACUAGGAAAAUUAGUAUACCAAACUGCGUGGAAUUUCAUAUGACGACUAAUGCCUGCCGAGGAUUUUGCGAAAGUUGGGCUAUUCCUUCUCUACAGAAGACUACACCUACUCAACCAAUCACAUCAAUGGGCCAAUGUUGCAAUAUAAUGGAAACAGAAAAUGUGUCAGCCAGAGUUUUGUGCGUUGAUGGAAUAAGGACGGUUACUUUCAAAUCGGCUGUCACUUGCUCUUGUUAUCAUUGUAAGAAAGAUUAGAUUUCGCAAUUGGUAUUUAUAAUUAACUACUCCAUUAUUAAAUGAGAUAAUUAUAUAAUACGCAUUAUUGUAAAUAUAUUGUACUGACUGACUAAUUGUAUAUUUCAUGUUCAUUAAAUGUU